ACCGUUAGAUGAACCAUAAACGGGCGGCGUUGUUACAGCGUCUGCCAUUUUGAUUAGAAUUAAGUUAAAGCUACUUCACGAGAUAUUGUAGUAGCCUUCUUUAAAUCAAGGCUACAGUCUUGUGGGCAAAAUGCUUUCCGCAGCCCAGUUACUCGAUGAGUUAAUGGGCCGAGAUAGAAACUUGGCCCCUGACGAGAAGCGAUCCAACGUGCGAUGGGACGAUGAGACCAAGGUAUGCAGAUACUACCUAUGCGGCUUCUGCCCGGCUGAGCUAUUCACUAACACCCGCUCUGACCUGGGCCCUUGUGAAAAAAUCCACGAUGAAAAUCUUAGAAUCACGUAUGAGAAAAGCUCUAGGUUCAUGAAGGAGGGCUAUGAGCGGGACUUCCUACGCUAUCUGCAGUCCCUCUUGGCAGAGGUGGAACGCCGGAUUCGUAGAGGGCACGCCCGUCUUGCACUUUCGCAGGCUCAGCAGAAUGCAGGGGUAUGUGGUCCUGGUCCAACAGGAAAGAAUGACGAGAAGGGUCAGGUUCUUACAGAAAAAAUUGAAGACCUAGUUUUGCAGAUUGAGGAGCUGGGGUCGGAGGGCAGAGUGGAGGAGGCCCAGGGAAUGAUGAAGCUGGUGGAGCAGCUAAAGGACGAGAGGGAGCUGAUCACCUCCACCCCCUCGACCAUCGAGAGCUUUGCAGCCCAAGAGAAACAAAUGGAGGUGUGCGAGGUGUGUGGGGCCUUCCUCAUUGUGGGCGACGCACAGUCCAGGGUAGACGACCACUUGAUGGGCAAGCAACACAUGGGCUACGCCAAGAUCAAAUCCACUGUGGAAGAGCUCAAGGAGAAACUUCGCCGUCGCUCAGAGGAACCCCAAGAUGAAAACCCAGCGCUAAAGAAGGACAGAGAAGACCGCGAGCAUGAGAGGGAGGAAAGGGAGAAAAAGCGCAAAGAGGAGGAAGAGAAGGAAAAAGAGCGAGAGAAAGAGCGUGAAAAGGAGAAGGAAAAAGAGAAGGAGCGCGAGAAGGAGCGAGACAAGGAGAGAGACAAGGAGCGGGACAGAGAUAGAGACAAGGACAGAGAGAGGGACCGGAGGACACGCCGAAGCAACUCCAACAGUCGCAACUCCAGCCGAGCAUCGGACAGGAAGCGGAGCAGGUCCCGAGAUCGCCGGCGCUCCAGGAGCAGAGACAAGGAGAGGGAGAGGGAACGCAAGCGCAGCAGGAGCCGGGACAGGGAGAGGAAACGCAGUCGUGAGCGCACCGACAGAAAGCGUCGCUCCCGCAGUCGUGACAGGAAGAGGUCACGCAGCGCAGAGCGCAAAUCUCACCGCCACCGCAGCCGCAGCAAGGACAAGGACAGGGAGGAGAAGAAAGACAGGGACAAAGAGCGGUCAUCGAAAGACAAAGACCGUAAGGUGACAGAGGAGAGGAGCAGCUCUAAGAAAGAGAAGCACUCUGACGGCAAUGCAGCUGCCAUUAAGGCUUCGUCCGAACCAGAACCGAUGGAGAAAAAGUCGGCGGCCCCCGCCCCCCCUCAGAUUAACGGCCAGCAAGAGCUCCUCCAUUCUGAAGGUGACACUCAGUCCAAUUAAAACUGAUCUGAUAGGACCUCAGAUCAGGCUCAGGGGACUCUGGGAUAUUUGUUGGAGGAAGAAGUGGAAGAGCGCACGCAUCCUUUCCCUGAACCUGACACCUCGCUGCUUAAAAACAAGGUGAACCACAAAUGUGUAGUGGCUUAUUUAAAAUCAUGAACGUAGAUGUGUAAAUGAGAAGGGGGGG